AGGCCAUUACAAUCGAGAGAAAAUAGUUCUUGUCGUCACGGGGGUGUAGGCGAGUCACACUGUAUAAAUACGUCGGCUUGUCCUCCCGUAAAGUUUUCCUGGACCUUCCGACUCAACUGUCAGCUGGAGACUCGCGAGUGGUUCAAAAGAAUUACUCUUCCAAGGUGAAACAUGGACUCGACGCUAUAAAAUGCGAACAAGCUCACGGGAAUCAAUUUAACGGUCCAAUCAAAAUAGAGACAGCCCCGAAGUCGCCGUUGGCCUCACUUGAGACGUCGACACACGACCCCCGCCUCCAAGGUGCCUUUCAAAAUGGCGACGCGUGAAUCGCACGGUGUACAGUGAGCCAGAGGAGAGUCGAGGACAUUACGCUUUGCAUCGCCUCCCUUUUUAAAAGGAGCCUCAUCUCGCACGCUCGCAGCGCAAGCGGCAGCCCGGUGCAGUCAUGCAUCUCGAAGUGAAGGUUGCCCUCAACUUCAUCGUCUCCUAUUUGUACAACAAGCUACCUCGGCGUCGAGCCGAUCUCUUCGGCGAGGAGCUGGAGCGAAUCCUGGUGUCUCGUUUCGAGGGCCACUGGUACCCCGAGGCCCCCCUUCGAGGCUCGGCGUUCCGCUGCUUGCACCUGGGAGCCCCCAGAGACCCCGUUGUGGAGCUGGCUGCCAAGAGAAGUGGACUGGAUACUGAAGAGGUGCGCGCAAACGUCCCCGCGGAGCUCAGCGUGUGGAUUGACCCCUACGAGGUGUCCUACCAGAUCGGGGAGAAGGGUACGGUGAAGGUGUUGUACCUGGAGGACCCCCCAGGCCUCCUCGGUGAUGGUGAGCGACCCGAAGGGGUGAUGAGAGAGAGCAAAGGAGACUCGGAGUUGGAGGAAGCAAAGAGUUUGGGCUUCAAUCCGGACGCUCAAGUGUUUGUUCCCAUCGGAAGCCAGUUAUCUCCUUCGCUCGCGGCGCCGCUCUCCGCUUCCCCCACGCCGCCGUCCGUCCAGAGCGGCCCCGCCCUCUUCAACUACCCCACCUCCACCUCGCCCGCCAACCCGGCCGCCCACUCCUCCAACGCAUCCAGCCCAUCUCCCCCUACAAACGGGAUGCCCUACCUUGCCGCUCAGCAGCCCGCCUCCUCCCUCCCGCCGACGCGUCCGCAACCCAUCACCUUCACCACUGCCGCUUUCGCCGCCACCAAAUUUGGCUCCACCAAAAUGAAGAAGUGCGGCGCGGCCGGGUCGGCGGGCGGCGCCGUCGGAGUCCCGCCCGUCCAGCGGAUGCUCUCCCAUUCUCCCACCGCCAUGUUGGCUCCGGAGAUGCUGGCGCACAAGUCGCUCUCCCUCUCCAUGCACUCCCUGGUGGGGCCCGUUCCCAGCCAGCUGUCGCCCAACGCCAAAGAGUUUGUCUACCCGGGCUCCCUCAGCCCCCUUUACUUCGACGCCGAACCGCAGCCCAUGCCGGCUCACGCCAGCCGAUUCAAGCCCCUCCACCGCGCCGGCACCCACCCGUCCUUUGACCCUUUCUCCAGCCCUCCCCCAUCCCAGAGUGUGGGCAUCAUGGGCACCAACGGCGAGAUCUCCUACAUGGAGAAACCUCAAUUUGCUGAGGGCUUGGCGAGCUACAACCUGCAAUACCCAAGCCAGUCCUUCCAGCCUGUUGUGUUGGCCAACUAAGCCUUUAUUUGUCAAGAACUGGCCCAGGAUCUCCAGAUCCUUUUUUUGUUUUUCUCCCCUUUCCCCCGAACAAACUCUCCUAAUACUAAUGCAAGCUAACACUUAGAUUUCCUACAGAGAUUUAAACACGUAGCUUUCCUACAGAAAUCGAAAGAUACUCUCAUGGUCAGUUUUUUUGACCCAUCCCGCGUGUUCUGCUUUGAAUUCAUCGUUUCCGUUGUUAUUCGUUGGAUGACAAGUAAUCUCUUGGACACGAACUGUGGUAAAGCUCCAGUUUGCACGUCAUGCUGUGGGGGGGGGGGGGGGGGGGGGGACCUGGCCAAGUAUUGCACUUUGCUCUGCAAUCUGUUCAUGCCGUGCUGGCUAUUCGGAAGGGUGGGGGCGAGGGGGGGGGGGUUGUCGUGGCUCCAUGUGAUCUGGGAACAUCACGUGAUGGCCGCCUUUGAACGCUGACAUCGCAGCAGCAAAUACGCCGACUGUUUUGGAGACAAUGCGAGCAAAUGGAAGAAUGUCAUUCAUCCGUCAGGGGGAAAUUGCAGUGGGGAAGGUCGCGGGAAAACCUCUGUGAGGGAAGGCGGCUUUGCAUCUUAACAAGACGGUGCUCACGUGUGCCGAUGUUUGUCGUCAUGUGCGUGAGCGUACGUGUAGACCUUGUACGGUGUGCGCGCGGCUAAAGGCACUUUUUUUUUUUUUUUUACACAUUCCUGGUCAUCGGUGUGUGAAGGUGAACAGGGAGCGAAUUGCGGUUGGGGGAUGUUAUCCACUCGUCAAGCCCAAAAGAUUUUGAUAAAUGGCUCGGUGUGACUUUGGGGGGGGAUGUAAAAGAAAAGAAGGCAGCGAGACGGUUGCACUGUCUCAGUGGCGUCCGUCCGGUGUGUAUUGACUUUUGAGAGCGUCGUUUUUAAAACCCAGAACACGUUGCCGGUGAGCUUAAAUGGUAUCGAAGCAAAAGGCUAACGCCGUUCAAGCCCCCUCGUUGAAAUGCCUCCGGUGCGGAGGGAGAGCAGAAAAAGGUGAAGCUGCUUCUUGCCUCCCCGGUUGUCAAGCGGACGUCGACGAAUGUUCUGUUUUGUUGACGGGCUUCUGUAUUUUCAGCUUGUCGCGGCCCUUCAACUUUAUUGCGUUCGGACAAAAUGGGCAAUUUGAGCACUUUAUUAGGCAGAGCUCUACUCUCAUCCAUAUAUAUAUAUAUUUUUUUUCUUUUCUUUUCACUGUCAUUUAAAGAGACGCAAGCACUUCAAAAAUGUCUCAAAGAGGUAGAAAUGGAGUCAUGCCCAUUUAAUGUUUCUCUAGACUGAGAUGUACGUAUUCGUGUUUUGUACCCAAAGACCCUAAAACUGUUUCUUCCCCUCCACCCCCUCCCCUCGCACACCCUUUUGGAGAAUGUGAAGGGAACUAUGGAUUUGUUUUUGUCCUGUAAUUUAAACAAACAAACAAAAAAAAAAGACCUGAUAUUUCUAUAUAUUUUUGUUUUUGCAAACUUAUGAAGUCCGAGAAACUGUACAUAUGAAGUUCUUACGUUCAGAUGCGUUCAGAUUUGUUUAGUUUCUUACACGCUGAAGUUAUUUUUGCAAAAAGUAACCUGAAUAUAUGCAAACUGAGAUAAAAAAAUAAUAAAAACUAUAACUUAUGUACAGAGUCCAGUAUUGAAUGUGUAUCGUAACCUUGUACGUCGGCAGUCUAAAGAGACGGACGGCGAAAUGUAUUGGAACCUUGAAGAGCGGAAUGUUUACAAAAGAGAGCUCAAAAUCACCGUCCUCCGAGUCGCAAUCUGAAAACGCCAACUCGCCAUACCCAUAGCGAAUCCCCCGAGUAGAAUUAUUCCCGAUGAAAACUGACAUUGACCUCUUCUCCCUUUUGAGUCUGGCCAUCUGGUCUCCGCGAUAUAGCCAUAUUCCGAAGCGUCAUGAUUUAAACAGAGCCUCGGUCGCCCUUGUCGAGCGCAGUGGAAAUGAAAAAAAGACCCUGCCGUGGGGUUUCUACCUCUCCUCUCCCUGCAUCGCAUCACAAUAUGUUGGUCUCCGCACAUAAGGAAGGACGAAGGAAAUGAAUGUUGUGCUCUUGGCCAGCCCUGCAUGGUUGAGAGGGCCUGCGGAAGCCCGGCUUGGGAUACCUGCAUAUUUUAUUGCGCUGAAAAGAACUCCAAAUAGGGUGUGCGUUUAAACUUGAGAACAACCGCAGUGUGUGUGGGGGAGGGGGGGGGGGGGGGUAAAUCAAAAUAACCCGUUUGAGAUGCAGCCCUUAAGUGCAGGUUAUCCUCCAGUUUGGGAGGGGGGGUGAAGAGAAACGAGGAUUUUGUAUUCGGAUGUUCUUUGCUUAGAUCAUGUUUUAUUUUGCACUUUGGGAUAUAAUCAUUGUUAGAAGAGUUUAUUUUCGAUGUGGCAUUUAAAUGUGUAAUUGAAAAGAUGUACAAAUGGUUAUUUCCUUUUCUGACUGUAUUUUUAUUUUUUUCCUACUUUGUAUCUGAUCUGUACACCUUGUUGAUGUUUGGAGAGAAAAAAAAAGUCUUUCACGAAUGAAAUGCAAUGACCUGUUUUCUUGGAAUGGGGCAUUACUUACUGCAGUUUCUUAUUGUGUCAGAUUUGUUUUUUAAGUUUGUAAUAAAAAGACCAGUAAGCAUGGAAAA